AUGGACAGUAGCAUCACUGAUCAGCUGAGGAACCUUCUGAUGUCUUUUAGUUUGCCCUACACAAUCAGUGACAGCACUAACAUUACAGAAAUCAACAUAACUACUGUGUGUUCUUUGAAUGAAACACAGUAUCAGUGUAAAUGUGAGGGUCUGUUUGUUUGGCCGAAUGACACGUGUCACUCAUACGAGGCCUGUGAUGACAUCACUGAUGCUUCAUGUACAUGUAUCAAUGCUCUUCCAGUCGAUGGACAGUUCUGCCAAAUUCUACCUUCUAAGUACGUGAUUGACAUUGAUGUGAGAUUCUUUGACUUGUUCCUGGUGGACUACUUACGGAAUCUCAUCAAAAAUAUCAGCCUGCCUUUGACUCUGAGCAACAGCAUUAAUAUCACAGAUAUUGACAUGAAUACUGUGUGUGGGUUAAAUGGAACAGAAUAUGAGUGCAAGUGUGAGGAGAAUCAUGUUUGGCCCAAUGACACCUGCAGGGCCUAUCAGGUGUGUGAUGGCAUUGUGGGAGGCACUUGUGGAUGUAUUCAAGCUCUCCCUUCAGAUGGUCCGCUUUGCCAGAGAGACAUCAAUGAAUGUGAAGAUGCAGUGUCAGUGUGUGGCCAAUACUCAGAUUGUAUUAACAUCAUUGGGAGUCACAUGUGUUCAUGCUGGAGUGGAUUUAAUACCUCCAAUAAAGACAGUCCUGUGAGCCGUGACAACUCAUGUCAUGAUAUAAAUGAAUGUCUGUUCAGUCCAUCUGUAUGUGGUUCAGAUUCUAACUGCACAAAUCAGUUGGGAAGUUACAAUUGCUCAUGUCUGGAUGGAUUCACUGCAACAAUUUCAAGUCUCCCCAUCAGCAUCAAUAACACAUGUAGAGAUGUGAAUGAAUGUCUUGAGACACCAGAGGUCUGUGGUCCAAACUCUCGUUGCACCAACUCAAUUGGGGGUUACAACUGUUCCUGCUUGAGUGGAUUUACUGUAACAAAUAUCCGUGAACCAGUCAGCGCCAGUAACCCAUGCAAUGUGACUCUACCUUUGACUGAAUAUCUGAUUGAAAUUCAGAUCAAUAGCAUGGACAGUAGCAUCACUGAUCAGCUGAGGAACCUUCUGAUGUCUUUUAGUUUGCCCUACACAAUCAGUGACAGCACUAACAUUACAGAAAUCAACAUAACUACUGUGUGUUCUUUGAAUGAAACACAGUAUCAGUGUAAAUGUGAGGGUCUGUUUGUUUGGCCGAAUGACACGUGUCACUCAUACGAGGCCUGUGAUGACAUCACUGAUGGUUCAUGUACAUGUAUCAAUGCUCUUCCAGUCGAUGGACAGUUCUGCCAAAUUCUACCUUCUAAGUACGUGAUUGACAUUGAUGUGAGAUUCUUUGACUUGUUCCUGGUGGACUACUUACGGAAUCUAAUCAGAAAUAUCAGCCUUCCUCUCACUCUGAGCAACAGCAUAAAUAUCACAGAUAUUGACAUGAAUACUGUGUGUGGGUUAAAUGGAACAGAAUAUGAGUGCAAGUGUGAGGAGAAUCAUGUUUGGCCCAAUGACACCUGCAGGGCCUAUCAGGUGUGUGAUGGCAUUGUGGGAGGCACUUGUGGAUGUAUUCAAGCUCUCCCUUCAGAUGGUCCGCUUUGCCAGAGAGACAUCAAUGAAUGUGAAGAUGCAGUGUCAGUGUGUGGCCAAUACUCAGAUUGUAUUAACAUCAUUGGGAGUCACAUGUGUUCAUGCUGGAGUGGAUUUAAUACCUCCAAUAAAGACAGUCCUGUGAACCGCAACAACUCAUGUCACGUGACUCUACCUUUGACUGAAUAUCUGAUUGAAAUUCAGAUCAAUAGCAUGGACAGUAGCAUCACUGAUCAGCUGAGGAACCUUCUGAUGUCUUUUAGUUUGCCCUACACAAUCAGUGACAGCACUAACAUUACAGAAAUCAACAUAACUACUGUGUGUUCUUUGAAUGAAACACAGUAUCAGUGUAAAUGUGAGGGUCUGUUUGUUUGGCCGAAUGACACGUGUCACUCAUACGAGGCCUGUGAUGACAUCACUGAUGGUUCAUGUACAUGUAUCAAUGCUCUUCCAGUCGAUGGACAGUUCUGCCAAAUUCUACCGUCUAAGUACGUGAUUGACAUUGAUGUGAGAUUAUUUGACUUGUUCUUGGUGGACUACUUACGGAAUCUCAUCAGAAAUAUCAGCCUGCCUUUGACUCUGAGAAACAGCAUUAAUAUCACAGAUAUUGACAUGAAUACUGUGUGUGGGUUAAAUGGAACAGAAUAUGAGUGCAAGUGUGAGGAGAAUCAUGUUUGGCCCAAUGACACCUGCAGGGCCUAUCAGGUGUGUGAUGGCAUUGUGGGAGGCACUUGUGGAUGUAUUCAAGCUCUCCCUUCAGAGGGUCCGCUUUGCCAGAGAG